AUGAAAAUCAAUUUACUAAUCCUAUCAUUUAUCCAGCUCAUUCAUUGCCAGCUACUUGUGGAUAUAUUUUAUAGCGUUUCAACAGAUCUGGAAUAUAAGAAUUCGAUAACUUAUUCUUUAUUAGAAAAUUUUUCGGACCAAUUUGAUAUAAAAGAAAUUUUAGUAACACCUGCAUGAGGCAUCUUAAAUUCCGGGCAAAAUCCCAAUAUUAUUAUAGAUAUAACUUCGAGUGCUUCCUUAUCAGAACUACUCAAAGAAUAUGCUUCAAAUAAUCAAAUAAUUCUUGUAUCACCUGAGCUUCCAAACUCGUUCAAUUAUUGGCAAUUUUUCACUCAUUCUUCGUUAAAUAGCCAUAUAAAAGCUAUCAGCAGUCUGAUUUCGUUCCUAAACUGGGAGAAUUUUAUAAUAAUUUCAAAUAAAGAAUACCAAAUUUUGGAUGAUUAUUUCUUAACAGAAUUUUCAAUUAAAAAAGUUAGCACCUUUUAUUUCCCAAAUAUUGAAAAUCAGGAUUUAGCUGAUUUAUUUAUAGGGAAAGAAAUCAAACCUACAGGAAACAGAAAUAUAAUAAUUUUAAAUCAAGGGAAAGUCGCUGAAAAUCUAUUAAAAAGUCUCAAACAGAAAAAUAUUUUAACGAGUGGCUGCGGGAUUAUUUUAAGCAGCCAAGGUAUUUGAAAUUUGAAUGAAAAUGGAAUAUUAAGUUACAUAGAAUCAGGCAUAGAAAAUGCUACCAAUAAAUUCAACUAUGAAGCGCUUGCAAUAGUAAAAUUUUUAAAUUUAGUCUUAAAAUUUCCAGGCAAUUAUGAUCCAUUUGCUUUAAGGGAAUUUUUAGAAAUAAACACUGCGGAUCAUUAUGCAGUAGCGAAUUUCACUGUAAUAAAUAUUCAAAAUGAACAAAAAGUAAAAGUAGGCGAAAUUACUGAAGGAAUUUUGAAUUUUUCAAGUAAUCUGACUUUCCCCGGAAAUUCAUUGACAAUUCCAAACUCUCCGUAUACUAAUGUCUCAAUCUGGAUGGGAGAUGGCCUAACUAACCCUUUAGGAUACCCAGACAGUCCUUAUCAAGCUGUAAAAAACGGAGCGAAGUUCGGUCUUAUUUAUGCUGAGAGGACUCAUUUGCUUGAUGGUUUCGAAAUUUUAGUGAUUCAUACAAACUGCGGAGCCGAAAUUUAUGACCCGACAUAUUCAUUAAAUUGCUUUGCAAAACUAAAAAGCACCCCAGGCGUUGGAUUUUUGACAUCAACAUAUCCCUUAAUAAUUAUCGGAAACCUUAUGACGCUGAAAUAUUUGAAUAUUUCAUUGCCUUUGAUAUCUGAAUAUUCCCCGCUUGGCAUUUUAGGAGAGAAAGAAAUGUUUCCAGAUUUCCUCAGGAUGGCUGGAAACGAUUAUUACCAUUGUAACGUUCUAGUCGAUCUCAUCCUCAUUUUUGGAUGGAAAAAUGUGCUUGUAUUUAGCGAAAAUUCUACUUCUAGCCUACUUACUCAUCAAUAUGUAGUAAAUAAACUGGAGGCUGCGAAUAUAAACAUUGUGAAUUCACCAGAAGAUCGACUGGUCAUGGAAAAUUAUAAUCACACCCAUUUUAAUACAUACAAAAACUGAAUGAUAAGGAUGAAAGAUCUGAAAGUUAGGCCUUGCAUAAUAAAUUUUGCACCUCCGUCAGAAUUUUAUAUUAUGGAAGAUCUCUAUGAGGCUGGUUUCAGAAGAGGAGACAUCGUCAUUUUAGUUCCUAAUAGAGUGGCUUUUGCAUUUAUUACUGAGCCUGAUCCUGUUCAGUUAGCAAAAAUGUCAGAAGUUCUUUAUGGAGGGAUAAUUAUAAGUGAAGCAGAAUGGCUUGGGGAUUAUGGAAAAACCAUUUUAUCUGAAAUGAAAAAGGUUUACCCUACUAAAAACUCAGAUUUUAGGUGUUUCUCCUUUGAUGGUGCUACGUUGCUUUUAUAUGGAAUAAAAUUUACUAUUGAUAGAGGUGGGAAUGUUGAAAAUUCUACAUUAAUAAACAGUAAUUUAAGGCAGCAAAAAUUUUUAGGCUGCUCCGGUACCAUUUCAAUUGAUCCAGACUCAAAUGAUAGAUCCUCAGCAACUAUUGGGAUAUACAAUAUGAGAUAUGACAGUGAAGAUGGCCUUUUAUAUGAAUAUAUUGUAGGAAGAUACGACCCUGGAAGCCAACAAUUAUUCGCUUUUUAUGAAGAUAUGAAUUGGUAUGACAAUACCACAAAUACACCUACAGAUAAAAUUAUUAAUGAAAAUGGGUGCCCGUUUGAAGAUAGCGAGGUCGAGUAUUCGGCAAAUGGCGCUGGCAUCCUUUAUGGGAUUUCAUUUAGCAUAUUUGUGACUACUAUGAUUGUGACAUUUUAUAUAUGAAGAAAAUGGUGGAUCGUUGAUAUAAAAGAAAUGACUGAAAAAAAAAUUAUGCUAUAAAGGGCUUAAUUUUGUUAAAUUUAUUUACUUUUAUUUAUAAAUAAUACACAGUUAUAUCAGAUUUAAAGGCAAAUAUCAAGGUAAUAUGGUUUAAUUCAAUUCGAAGAUUAUAUAGCGAUGCUUAUGAUUUUUAUUGAUUUUUUGCAGCUUUUAUCAGUUGGACCUGAUAUAAAAAAGUAUGAUUCUUUUUCUGAUAUUUUUUCGCACUAUGCCUCAAUAAAUCUUGGCUGACUUACUAAAGGCAAAAAUCUAUGAGUUUUUGCAUAUGUUUCUAUGGGAACUGUUAUCAUUUGGAUCUUUUUCUGCGCAAAGCAUAUUUUCAAGUUUGGGGAAAAAUCAAAUAACGUAAUAUGGGAAUAUAGCAGAAUUUUAUCCAAAAUGUCAUUACCGAUUAUAGGAAAUAUGCUAUUUUUGCCUAUAGUUUCAAUUUUUUUAAAUGUAAUUCAAUGUGAUCAACAAAUAGGGCCAGAAAUAAGCCAAACUUUUGUAAGAAACGACUGCUCAACGUUUUGUUGGCAUGAUUCUCAUAUAAUAUGGGCAACUCUUUCCAUGAUUUGUUUGAUUUUUUAUCUCCCUCUAGCAAUUUAUUUUCGGCCUUUUUGGGAUAUUUCUCAUGAAUAUAUAAAUAUAAAAACUCGGCCGCUAUUUUUGAUGCUGAAAAGUGUAUUUCAAGUGAGUGUAAUAGUUCUUACUCCCCCCCCUCCGUGAGUGAACAAAAAAAUUUUGUUCACUCACGGAGGGGGGUUAAUUUUUUUUAAAAAAAUUUAUAUUUAAAUUUUAUAAAAAUAUUUUUUUUCGAAAUUUAAAAAAAUCUCACUUCUAUAAAAAUUGGAAAGCAAAUAUUAAUUUAAUUUAUAAAAUUUAUAGCAAUUCGUUUAAAAUUAAACAGAAUUAGCUAGAGAUUUCAUUAUACUAAUUAUCACUUAUAUAUCAAAAAUUUUUUCCAUAAAAAAAUUUUCUAUUAAAAGAAAUUUUGUUCACUCACGGAGGGUGGGUUUUUGGGCAAAAAAUGGCGAUUUUUCUGAUGGUUUUGUUCACUCACGGAGGGGGGGAGUUAACAAAACAGUGAAAACUUUUAGUCAAUCAUUGCAUGGACUUUUAUACAAUAUUUUAUUAAUUCCCCUCAGUUUAAAUAGGAACUAAAAAUUGUUAAACUUUUGAUUUUGGAUAAUAAGGCCUUUAGAAUUGAAUAAAAUUAUAGUUUUAUAGGUGGUUAAAUAAUAGAAAAUUUGAUAAUUUAAGAGGAGCCCUGAAGGAUGGGUUUGCACCUUUAUAGGUGAAAAUAUUAAUAAAUAGCUUUAAUAUCAGUUUAGAAUCGAUAAUUUUAAUAGAUUUAUUUUAUGAAAAAUAUGUGUGUGUCAUUUUUAUGAAAAUUUCAUAUAAAAUUGAUGCAACACUUCUCUUUUUUUCUGUCAAAAAAUCAAUAGAUUUCAAUAAAAAUUUUGAAACCCUAAAAAGUAAAAUUUCAUUCUCAUAUCAAUUUUUCCGAGUCUUGAUGAGAUGUAUUUUGCGGCUGCAUGCUUAUUCAUCACCUACUUGCGCAUCCAAGGUCAUAAUGAAUUUGGCAAAUACUCACAGGAUCCACACUUUCUUCAAUCAAGACUCUUUUAGUUCCAAAAACUACAUCUCCACACAUCUUCCAAGCAUGCUCCACAUAAACUGUACAUUGCCCAGAACGGUGAUAUCUUUUUUCUUUGAAACACCAUUUUGUAUGCAUAAAGAUUAUAAUUUUUUUUAAAAAAAGCAAUUUCUCUUUAGUUAGAAUAGGUUUUUGGUUCCAAUUAAGAAGUAGUAAGUUAGUUAGUUAUUAAGACUUAUCAAGAAGCUCGCUGUAAUUCUUGAUGGCUAUCUCCACUCAUAAACGCUCUCUUUGCCUGCUCACUAGUGCGGACACGACCUUGCAAAGAUUGCUCCUGCCUACGAGGGAGUGCAAUCACACCCUGGUAGUUGAGUAAAUUUUGCUGGGAAAUCCCUUUCAAACUUCUGGACCCAUCUCCCACUAAGGCAAAAGCAUGGUAUUGGAGUAAAGCAUGCAAUCGGCCAACCUGACAUUGCUCUUCACCAAUCCAAGAAAAACCUAGCCGGAUACACAUUCCAAAAGCUAUCCUCCUUCCUGAAUGUCCCUGCUAACCCUGUGGGAUGGCAACUACAGAGUUAAGAGGGUAUGUUGGAUCACUAUGCCAUUUAAUGCAUAUUAAAGAAUUAGUAAGCGUUUUUCUAUAUAUCUGCUAUAAAAAAGAAGGGGUGAGGUUAAGUAAAGUACACAUCUUUUCCAACUCCCUCCCAAAGCCAAUAAAAUGACUGGAAUUUUCAAAAAAAUUUGGUAUGAAAAAAUAAAAGUUCUGUUGCAUUUCCCAAGCAGGAGGAUAGAAAAUGCAAAGAGUGUUUUAAAACGGCAAAAACUGAGGAAAAAGCACAUAUAAAAAUACUAUAUUCUAUAUAGACUAAGCAAAUUUAAGCAGAGAAAGCUCAAGAUAGGAUUAAAUAUAUGACCCUGUUUGGAAAAAUUCAAAAGUAUCAUUUGUACUUUUCAUACCAACAAACAAUUUUUGAAAAUUUCAGUCAUUUUGAUAGGCUUUGGGAGGGGUUGAGAAAGUACAGUGUGCUUUAUUUAACCUGAACCGGAAAGAAGCCUUAUAAUGACAGUCGCAUGAACCUUUGGCAAAUUAUUUCUUAUUUUGCAAUUUUAUGAAGUGUUACUCUUUCUUCUUUAUAUUGGUUAUUACCUGAAAAAUCAGCUAAAAUCUGACUAUUAUCACAAUUUAUUGGCUGAAUCUUUUUGAUUGCUAUUGGGCUUUAUCUACAGAAAAAAUAUUGCCCGACUAUGCUUUUCAAUGAGACAGGUGUACAAAUUGGCAAAUUCUUUAAAUUUUCAUUAGGAAGCUCAAUUCCAGCAGCUGAAAUUAAUAAAGACAUCAAAGAAGCAGGCCUUAAAUACAAACUUCAUUCUAGCAAUUCACAUCUGUAUGGGAAAAUUUCAGAUUCUACUAGACACGUGAUUUAUAAUAAGAAGGAAAGUAAGAUUAAAAUUGAUAAUCACUCAGAUUCAUCAAGGAGCCCCAUGCCAAAUGACUGUGUAUUUUUGAUAACAUUUCCUAGGUGAAAAUUUGUUUGACAAUGAGGCAUUUGACUAAAAAACUCUUAAAUUUUGCCAAAUGAUACACUAUUUAAAAAUUUUCGAUUAAUGAUUAAAAGUACUUGAUGCCGGGCCUGCACCUCAUCAAGGUGUGUGUUUAUGAGUGAUACAACACAUCGGCCUAAUGUUGAGCAUAUGCCAGAAACUAUCAGAUGGAUUAAUCUUAAGAUUGAAGACUUAGAAGGUUAA